ACUAUUCAUUUGAGAACUAUUUCCAAACAUGAGCAAAGAAAGAUUGCUUCCAUUUGGUAGCGUGGAAAGGAAUGAAGAUGAUACGAUCACUUGCAGUUGUUUUAAACUGAUGCACGACAGAGUUCUGCAGCUAUGGUUAGAUUCUUGCAAUUUUUCCAAGAAAGCAUUGGAGAUGGGACGAAACGAUCCCAGAAAAGUCAUAUACGCCAUCAAGAUGGGCUUCGCAUUGGCCCUCGUGUCAUUGUUCAUAUUUUGGAAAAAGCCCGCUGAUGUCUCCCAGUUUUCUAUUUGGGCCAUCCUCACUGUCAUUGUAAUGUUCGAAUUUAGUAUAGGAGCAACUUUUAUCAAAGGAUUCAAUCGUGGGCUAGGGACAUUUUGUGCUGGAAUGCUUGCGUUUCUCUUUGCUGAGCUAUCACUCUUGGCCGGAGAAUGGGAAAAAGUCGUAAUUGUUAUAAGUUUUUUUAUUACCGGUUUGUCCAUAGCACCUCCAAAAACCAUUUAUUGUAUCCUCAGCUUGCUUUCCCUGCUUGAUUAUACUUUCUUUUUGUUUGCAGGAUCUUUUGCAUCAUACCUGAAACUUUAUCCUACGAUGGCACCUUAUGAAUAUGGAUACCGUGUUUUUGUACUCACGUUUUGUAUCCUUAUGGUGGCUGGGAACAGAACUAGGGAAUACACAGUGGCGAUUCUUAGUAGACUGGUGCUAAUUGCUGUUGGUGCUUGUAUCUGCUUCAUCAUCAACAUUUGCAUUUACCCGAUUUGGGCUGGAGAUGAUCUCCACCGUCUCGUCGUGAAUAACUUUAAGGAGCUUGCAGCUUCUUUAGAAGGUUGCGUUGAUGGAUACCUGAAAUAUGUUGAUUACAAUAGAAUCCCGACUAGAUUUAUGUCUCAAGCAUCUGGAGAUCAGCUUUGCCUUGGCUAUAAAACAGUCAUAGAAUCUGCAAGCCGAGAGCAAAGCUUGUUAGGCUUUGCCGUAUGGGAACCGCCUCAUGGUCGUUACAGAACACUUGGUCAUCCCUGGAGAACUUAUGUGAAAGUAAGCGGUGCAGUCAGGCAUUGUGCCUACACUGUCAUGGCACUCCAUGGAUGCAUUUUGUCAGAAAUUCAGGCACCACCAGAGAAGAGGCAGGUGUUUCGUAGCCAUCUUCAAAGGGUAAGUGCAGAGGGAGCCAAAGUUCUGCGCGAACUUGGGAACAAAAUAGAGAAGAUGGAAAAAAUUGGGACAGACGACAACAUACUGAAGGAGGUGCACGAGGCAGGCGAACAAUUGCAGAAGAAAAUCGACCAAAGGUCGUUUCUUUUAGUCAAUUCUGAGAGCUGGGAGAUUGGAAACCACAGAAAGGUGCUAGAAGAUCUUGGCGAUCUUCCAAGUGAGAGGGAGUACGAAACGUUGCAGUUGGGCUUCAAGUCUCUGAGUGAAACAGCAAUAUAUGUCAAGUCACCUCUGAUAUCGACUCCAUGCUUGCCAAACAAAGAUUUGCCGAAGCAAAAGCUAAGAAAGCAUGUUCCAUGGCCUUCCUGGAUUUCGUUUGAAGGCAAUGGUUUGAUCAAAGAAGACGAAGUCAAAACUUAUCAAAGUGCGAGCGCUCUAUCUCUGGCCACGUUUGCUUCUCUUCUGAUUGAAUUUGUGGCGAGGCUUCAGAAUGUAGUGGACUGCUUUGAAGAGUUAAGUGAAGAGGCAGAGUUCAAAGAUCCCAAUAUCAUUGUUUUAACAACGAGUGCCAGUUUUUGGACAAGAUUCUUGAGGUGCUUCAGUUUGAAGAGCUAAUUCUUGUAAAGAAGUUUAAAUAAAAAAUGUCGUACAAGGAUAUGUGGUUGAAACUUCAUCUUGAAGAUUCAGUUUAUGUAGUUGUUUGGGAAUGAUUGCUUGAAUUGGAUUGACAGAGUUCAUCAUAUAUAGAUCUGCUAAUCUAUGACAUGCAU